GCCUGAACAUAAAACACAGGAUCAUGUUUUAUUCCACUCUGUGCUGGAAUCUGUCUCAAGGAAACAUCACAGCAUCUCCACGGUGAUGGCCGCGUGGAGCUGGGUGGUGUACACGCUGCUCGAGGCUGUCAUCGUUGUGGCCUGUUGCCUUGGCAACCUGUUGGUGGUGUUCGCCGUGUGCGUCGGCGUCCGCGACGCCCUGCGAGAGCCCACCUUCUGCUUUCUCGUUUCCCUGGCGGUGGCCGACUUCCUGGUCGGCGUGGCCGCCGUGCCCCUGGCCGUGGUGUUGGACGGUUGGGCGAGGUUGACCCCUGACCUCUGCCUGCUGCUCAGCUGCGUUGUGUUGGUGCUGACUCAGGCUUCUGUGCUGUCGUUGUUGGCGAUCGCUGUGGACAGAUACCUGCGCUUACACAUGCCGCUCAGGUAUAAAAGUCUGGCCACACAGAGACGCACAUGUUUGGUUGUCUCUGUGUGUUGGCUUCUGUCUUGUCUCCUGGGCUUCACUCCCUUGCUUGGGUGGAGAAACUGCUCCUCCUCCUCUUCUUCAUCUUCUUUACCACCUGCUCCUGCUUCAAACUCCUCCUCCUCCUCUAUCAUCACAUCUCCUCCACCCUGCACUUUCCUCUCCGUCAUCUCCCUCCCCUUCAUGGUCUACUUUAACUUCCUGGGCUGCGUGAUGGCGCCCCUGCUGGUCAUGAUGCUGCUCUACGUGAGGAUCUUCUGGAGCCUGCAGGCUCGUCUGAAGGAAAGCUCUCCACACCACGUCCACGCCUCCCUGCUGAGAGAGCGGAGGCUGGCCUGCUCCCUGGCACUGGUUCUGGUUCUGUUUGCCGGCUGCUGGAUUCCUCUGCAUCUGAUGAACUGUGUGCUGCUGGUCCACGGGCCUCAGGCCGUCACGCAGGGACUGCUCUACACAGGCAGGAAUACUUCUGUCUCACGCCAACUCCGCCAUCAACCCCGUCAUCUACGCCUACCGCAUCCCCAAGAUCCAGCAGGCCUAUGCUCACAUAUGGAGGCGAUUUCUGCUCAGGAUAAACUGUCGCCAUGGAGACAUGGAAGGUCAAAGGUCAAUGAGGAGCAGCCAAGGCGAUCAGAGAGAGGCGGGAGGGACAACUGAGGACUGAGGACAUGGUGGGAGACACUGGGUGGAAACGUCAAAUACUGGUGGUGUAAAUCAACUUUCUACCAGAAAACAGAAAAUACAUAAUAACUCAUAAUUAUGAGGGAAAAGUACAAUUAUGACCUUAAAAGACAUAAUGUAAAAAAGAAAUUAAGCUUGUAAAAUUAAAAUACUUUUGAGGGGAAAAAAACGAUGAAAACAUGAGUCAUUAGUGAGAUAAAAGAGAAAAUUAUGAGACACUGUUAAAAGUCAAAUUUGUGCGAGAAAAAGCUCUAAAAAAUACACACACAAGAUUAAAAAAGUCAUCAUUAUUGAAACGUUUAAUUGAGAUAAUUGUAAGAUUAGAACGUCAACAAUAUGAGAUCAUGAGGUAAAUGAUCAAAGCAAAAGUCCCAGUCUUCAUUUUCAGAUAAAAAGACAUUAUUGUGAGAUAUAAAGUAAGAUUUUGUGAUAAAAACUUGAAAACAUUAGACAGAAGGUAAAUUGUGAGAUUAAGAAGUUAACAAUAUGAAAUAAUGUCACAAUUAUCAUUGCCAUAAAAUAACAGAAAAAGUCUCACAAUUUGUCAUGAUUUCAACUCUUCAUUUUUAAUGUCAUUUUGACUUUUGUAUCUCGUGAUUUUAACUGUUUUUGUCGUUUGUUUACACACACACACACACACACACACACA